AAUAUCUUUCUGGAGAGACAGGGUGUAGUGGAUUGCCUGGACAGCAUAUGCGUGGUUCCUCUGGCUGCAAUGCUGCUGCAGAGCCCGUUCACUCUGCCUUCCUGGGAACCCCACAGGCAAGUCCAUCGUGUUUGGAGGAAGAAAAGAGAUCAUUCUAGGGAAAAAAAAAAGACCUAUUAAAGCUUUGGAGACCGACUGUUAGCAUGUUCUUUGUGCUCUUCUGAAACGUUUUUUUUUGUUGUUGUUGUUUUGUUUUGUUUUUUGGUCUUGCUCCACUGAGAUCAGCUUCUCUGGGUGAUCUCUGGAAUUUUUUGUGCUUCCCCCUUUCUUGGUUGUAGUACGGCCGUACCAUUUCAGCUUGCUAGUGCAGAAAGAUGUGAAUUCAGUUGCUGUCUGAGGCUGGCUUGGUGCAAACACAUUGCUAGAGAUAUGUUAAGGAGUUCCAGGUGAAUCCGGCUCAAGAGAGACAACAGCAAAAACGAUAUGUGUCACAAAGAUGUCUACCCGGAACUGCCAGGGAAUGGAUUCUGUGAUCAAGCACCUGGACACAAUUCCUGAAGAUAAAAAAGUCAGGGUUCAGAGGACGCAGAGCACUUUUGACCCAUUUGAGAAACCAGCCAACCAAGUCAAAAGGGUCCAUUCUGAGAACAAUGCCUGCAUUAACUUUAAAUCCUCCUCUGCUGGCAAAGAGUCACCUAAAGUUAGGCGGCACUCCAGCCCCAGCUCGCCAACAAGUCCCAAAUUUGGAAAAGCUGACUCAUACGAAAAACUGGAAAAACUAGGGGAAGGAUCUUAUGCAACAGUGUAUAAAGGGAAAAGCAAGGUGAAUGGGAAGCUGGUGGCUCUAAAGGUGAUCCGGCUGCAGGAAGAAGAGGGCACACCUUUCACAGCCAUCAGGGAAGCUUCCCUGUUGAAAGGAUUAAAGCAUGCCAACAUCGUGCUGCUUCACGACAUCAUCCACACUAAGGAAACACUGACCCUUGUCUUUGAAUAUGUGCACACUGAUUUAUGUCAGUACAUGGACAAGCACCCUGGAGGACUCCAUCCAGAUAAUGUGAAGUUGUUUUUAUUUCAGCUGCUGCGAGGACUGUCUUACAUCCACCAGCGCUAUAUUUUGCACAGAGACCUGAAACCGCAGAACCUUCUCAUCAGUGAUACUGGGGAGUUGAAGCUGGCAGAUUUCGGUCUGGCAAGAGCAAAAUCCGUCCCUAGCCACACAUACUCCAAUGAAGUGGUUACCUUGUGGUACAGACCUCCAGAUGUUCUUCUGGGCUCUACAGAAUAUUCCACCUGCCUUGACAUGUGGGGAGUUGGCUGUAUCUUCGUUGAGAUGAUCCAAGGAGUUGCUGCGUUUCCAGGAAUGAAAGACAUUCAGGAUCAACUUGAACGGAUAUUUCUGGUUCUUGGAACACCGAAUGAGGACACGUGGCCUGGAGUUCACUCUUUACCACAUUUUAAGCCAGAACGCUUUACCGUGUACAGCUCUAAAAGCCUUAGACAAGCAUGGAAUAAGCUCAGCUAUGUAAAUCAUGCUGAAGACUUGGCCUCCAAGCUUCUCCAGUGUUCCCCAAAGAACAGGCUAUCAGCACAGGCCGCCUUGAGCCAUGAGUAUUUCAGCGAUCUGCCUCCACGGCUAUGGGAGCUGACUGAUAUGUCUUCUAUUUUUACCGUCCCAAAUGUGAGAUUGCAACCAGAAGCUGGAGAGAGCAUGAGGGCCUUUGGAAAAAACAAUAGUUAUGGGAAAAGCCUAUCGAACAGCAAACACUGACAAGCCCAGCACUCUCAGGAGAGCACAGGAUUAAGUUGUCAUCAUUCUGGGAAGAAGAAGAAGAAGAGAUAAAAAUACAUUAAUCAAUAAAAACCACUAAUGAAGUGGCUCAGUGUGAGGGCCCUGAAUCGGUUCUCUUCUGCCCCGUGCAGUGGAUUUCACUGACAUGAAAAUGGAAGCUGGCAAGAACCUGUUUCCUCUGCAAUUUAUUUAAAACCUUGCACGCAUUUGGAUACCUUGUGAUUUCCAAGAACUACGUGACGAUUAAGCUUUGCUUACUGCUACAUGGCAUGUAUUCUUUUCCGUCUUUUGUGUCUGGUUCUGUUUGCUUCCCCCUGCCGCACAGUGUCCGCCGCACAGUGUCCAUCGCACAGUGUCUCUGUGAAGGGUUUUGCUGCUUUCAGCAGCCUCGUCUUAAGUACAUUAAGACAACACAUUUGGUGUUCACACUUCCUCAGUCAUGUCUGCACUUGAAAGCCACACAGCGGCAGGAGACAAUGUGUGUUUUCCCUGAGAGCAGAGUGCAUUCUGCAACCACCAGGAAGAACAUUCUUUUUGCUAAAACAAACUCCAUGCUUUCUGACAGACUAGACAGCGUGGUCCCAGAUAGUGGGACCCUACCUGUUGCCUGCCUUAGAGGACAUUUAGAAAUGUAAGGGGUUUUUUUUUUUGGGUUUUUUUUUUCGCUUUUAUUGGAAAUGAGCACACAUUUACACAGGAGACCAAAAUCCACUUGCUAUUUCAAUAGCCUGACUGUUUCUGAGCAGGUCAUAGGUAGAGAAAUAAACACCGAAAACAAAGACAGGGUGAAUGAAGGUUAAUAAGUAUUAUUGUCAUUUUUUAAGCCUGUGGAAAGCAAGGUAACUAUUUCCAUGUGUCAGCAUCUUACUUUUUCCCAUCAGCUCUGUAUUAUUAAACUGUUACACUCUAUUUUUAAACUGGAGAAAAUAGUAGCAAAUAUCAUUCUUAAAAACCUGGGUACAUAGAAAAAGAAAAUCUGUCUGUCAGGAUAGGUCCUGAAUGCAGCCUUGGCUGAUUAAAGCUUAGAAAUCACAUUUUUAAAUUAUCCAGAGUUUAAAAUGUCCUUAUUUACGACAAAGGACCUUUGAAUUAGAUUGUUCAGAAACAUUCCAAGCCAUUUGGAAGGCAUCACUGGGUACCAGACUUGAAACCAGUCUUCAGUAACAAGUGUUCAAAGGCAGAUCUUACAAGCAAUGCAGGAAUUUUGCUUUAAGAAUAAAAGUGGCAAAGAAAGGCCCUUGUUUUAAGGACCUUUGGGACCUUGCAAAGCGAAGGCAAGUCUGUGCCCCUGGAAGAGAGGGCUGCUCUAGCAUACACUGAACCUUGAUCUGGGGCAGCUGCCCAGUGCUGGCUACGUUCAAGGACAGCCUCACUGCAGAAUCCCAGGGAACCUGGGCCCCAGGGGCAGUUAGGAAGCUUUGUGUGAAGCAUGCCCUUGCUCCUCCUGACAUAAAUCCCCACGGAAACCCAACACAUCUGUGUACAGUGCUCCGUGUUUUACUCCUCCUGAGAAAGAGGAGACGCAGGCUACAAGCCUGAAAUGUGACACACAAUUUUAGGAUCAAGACUAGAAAUCAGAAUCUAGUUUGACAAGGGCUUUCUGAUUCUCCAAUGAGGGGCAAGCUUCCUUAUCGUCAAACCCAGUGUAUCCCUGGAAGUAGAUCCAGGUUCCCAAGCCUUCAAAGGCGCUGUGUCUGAGUAAGAGGUGUAACCCAUCCCCCAGCCUCUCAGAGUGGGUCACUCACUGCAGCCUCACAAACACUGAGAAAGGAACUGCUUACAGGAAGGUUUGGGAAAAAAAGCAUAAGAUACCCAAGGUAACAAUGUUUAUUCUUCACUACCUGGGAAUCGGUUUCCAUCCCUCUUUUGUACAUUCCUUCCAUGGGAAGUCUUUACAGGUAUUUUGAUUUAAAGUAUAAUUAAAUUGGGAGUUCUUUUAAGUGGGGAGAAAGCUUUAUGUGUAAUUAAGAGCAGUCUCCCCUGUGAUUUGCUUAGAAUCCUCCAUGCAUCUGGGGGACGGGGAAGAUUAUGUUUGUAUUUCACUAAGUCAGGAGCUCCCCACGGAUGUUGGGAGGUUUCGGUAGGAACAUAAAGGCAACCCCAUGUCCUUGCCCUUGUCUAGACAGCCUCUCCUGGGAAGCCAGACAUAACACUGCUCAGUGCGCGCUCCGCGUCAGGACCGGCACGCCUCUCAGGUUUAUCAGUGAAGGAAAUCCAAAGUGUCUGCCCCCACUCCCUCCACCCAACCCAGCCCCCCUUCUCGGGCUUUGUUCUCCUGGCCUCUCCAAGGGUGUCAUGAAAAUCAGUAUAGACUUUGUUUCAUCAACAUGUCAUAUGUUGAGAGAGCACUGGAAUGUUUGGGGAGUUUAGUUUUCUAUGAAGGCGUAGCUUGAGUUUGGACACCUAGUAAGAAAUGCACCAACACUUUGGCCUGACAGUUGUAUCAAAGCAACCUCACUGCACAAAGUAUUUGGGAAAGAAGUAUGGGACUUAGUUUCUAUCUUCUUAAGGGGAGCCGUUUAAUUAAAUACAACAUCCAUAGGACAGGAAAUGUGCUUGCUGUAAAAUUAGAGAUAUAAGGCAGGGGCAGCAAUCUGCCCACCAUGCAAGGAGGAAAAUCUGUUUCCAGCUCUCAAGUGGCUAAAAGUUUCCAAGAGAAUCCGUGGGAUUAUAGGAAAACCAGGGCCUCUUGGUACCCUCUCCUCAGAGUGUGUGACAGCCACUGUAAUCAGUGCUCUAUGUAUGCGUCCAUAGCAGACACUCAUCUGUGAAUAUCGCCGGGUUUGUAAUCUUUUGUUAUAUAAGAGGAUGUUUAGGCUGUACAUACUGGGGUAGAUCAUUGCCUGCCCCUAUACAUAGAAAUAUGCUGCAUAACUGUGCAUACGUUCCUUCUCCGUGGCUGGCCUGUAGACAGAGGAAACUGUAUGUUAGCCUUCAGUUUCCUCAUAUACCAAACUGAAAACGUUUAAAUCUCAAAUGACGUAAGCAAGGUUCUGUUCUCACUGCCCCCUUUCUCAGCAGCAUAUAUUAGAGGCACAUCAAAAAAAAAAAAAAAAAGAAAAGAAAAAAAGAAAGAAACUUUGUAAGUGGACUUUCAAUUUCUUCUUCUAUUCUCUCUCUCUCUCUUUUUUUUUUUUUGUCAUUUUGUCACACACUCCAACACCCACUGGUUUAUAUAACGCACUGAGAUGUGUACUUUUUAUUGGGGUUAGUACCUCAGAGACUCAUUAUGCUUCAACAUGACACAUAGCAAGGAGAAUGGAAUACUACAUGUUGCAUAUGUGUUGCCAAUUGUAAUUCGUCUGUAUUAUGAAGGAUGUAAUGGUUUGUCAGCUGUCAUUGUUCUCUGUAACAUGAUAUGGAAUAAAAUAUAGCCAAAUCUGCAUAUAUCA